UUUUUUUUUUUUUACUGGAAACGCCGGCAAACAGCAGACGAACGAGGCGCAUACAGAAACAGCCGUAGAAAGGGAAAUAUUACCAUACUAGCUGUAUGAUGGUUACGCCUAUAUUUAGGACGCAGUGAAGACGAUCCCCAGACUCAAACAGACGUCAUCGCUCAGCAAUUAUAAAGCACUAGGCAGCGCUUCAGUCUUUUCUGCUCCUCAGAUCUAGAUUACUUUUUUUCCCCCUAUCCUCAGGCGCCAUUGAAGUCCUCUCUGUUCUCUUACAGCGAAUCUAUUUUGCAUACACGACUCAACGGUCGCUCUCUUUGUCCCUCUCAUCCGCGGUUCUUUACCCCACCACACCAAACUGCUGCCUGCGGUUCCUGUCACCCGCCAGCGUCACCCACGGUUCGCCCACGCUGACCCCUUCUGGGUCAUCCGAUACUAUGGGCCGGUUCUCUGAUACCCUCUCGUCCAUGUUGGACGGUGACUCGGACCACCAUUCUCGUGAGUCGCGCGGCCGCCAUCACUCCCGUGGACCUGCGGUUCUGGACCGACCACCACCGCGCCGGUUUGAAGACGAAGGCCGUUGGGAUUCUCGCAUACAUGACCCCGAUCGCUAUGGCCCUCCUGCCCGAAUGCCGAGCAGGCAUUACGAUGAUGACCACAUUGCUCACAGAGGCGCUCUGGUCCGCCAGGAGCGCCGUCACGCUGAAAGCCCCCCUCCCCGACCGAGGCUGCUCCGACGACAGUCCUCGUUGGAUACCUUCGAUCGCGUGCCCUCCCGCAAGAUAGACGAGUACUACCGUGGUUAUCUUCCAAGAGCGCCACCAAGUCCGCCUCCGCUCCGCCGCGUGCCGCUGCGAGAAGAGUACGAAGCCAUUCGGGUUCCAGAGCGAGAGCCUAGGUACCGAGAGAAGGUAGAGGAUGCGAAGCCGUAUCCGCGCAAGGGAAAGACACGCAUGCCGGAGAAACUCGUUCAUCCUCGCGCAAUUCGUGAAUUUGGCUAUCCUUACGAAGAAGAGGGUGACCUAGUCAUCAUCCAGCUAGCUCUUUCAAAGGAUCAGAUUGAUGCUGUCAUUGAGAGAAGUCGCGAGAUCAGGCGCCAGGCUGAAGCCAUCCCUAUAAGAGCACGGUCUCCCGUCCGAGCGACAUCUAGACGCAGAAGAUCUGAGCGAUUUGUGAUGGGCACCUAUUCGCCGAGUCCUAGAGCCAGCGAGACUCUGAUAGUCGAGCCGUCGCCCGAUCGAUAUCUCUCGCCUUCUCCCCGUCGUGGGUACGAUUAUUCCACAUCUACAACGAAGAGAACAGUUUCACGUUCACGUUCGAUUUCUAUCCAACCACGCCGUCGCCGCCACUCAUCACCCCCGCGCAUGUUGUUGGAACGCCGCUCCGAGCGCUCCGACAAUCCCAGUCACAAUGCCUUGGUCAUACGUCCGCGGGAUAGCGAUAGUGAUCUUGAUGACUAUGCCAUUGACCAUUACAGACCGCCAUUUGACCCGAGCACUGCGCUAUAUGGUGAUGGCGACCAAGAGGAGAUUUUGGAGGUCAAACGCGAUCGAAGAGGUAUUUUUGCGAUCGCCAAAAUCCGCAGCCGAGUAUUAUAACUGACAUAUGCACUAGGGCCGUCCUCGCGAACCGUCCGUCGCAUGCUUGCAACGAUGACUUAAACGCUGGCGCCGGGCGUAG